AUAGCACGUUUUGAAGAAAAUGGACUCCUCACUAGCGAAGCGCAGCAUUCCUUUUUAAACUUUUUUUGUGGCGGUGCUCAUCGUGCGUCUGUUCUAACCGAAGUGAGAUCAGCAUUUAUUGAACAAUGGACGCCCCAGCCGAAGGACACGACCCCGAGUCCUGCAACGAAGUGGAGGAUGAGAAGUCCGGCUCGGACUGCCAGUCGAUGCCCGCCUACAUGAACUCGGUCAUGCGGCGGCAGUAUCUGCAGCAAAUGGUCAAGAUGCUGCCGGCUCCGGUGCAGAAUCGGAUUGUGUUCCUGAAAAACCUACAGCUGCAGCACCUGAACAUCGAGGCCCAGUUCUUUGAGGACGUCUACAAGCUGGAGCAGAAGUACCAGGUGCAGUACCAGCCGUUGUUCGAUAAGCGCAGGGAGAUCAUCGAGGGCAAGGUGGACCCCGCCGAGGAGAAGCCCCAGUGGAAGGAACCGGAGACGUCGACCGACAACGAGGCCGAUGCCGAGCACUUCCGCGAGGCCCUGAGCAGUUUGAAAAGUAUUCCCAAGGAUGCCAAGGGCAUUCCCGGCUUCUGGCUGACGGUGUUCCGCAACACGGCCAUUAUGUCCGAGAUGGUGCAGCCGCACGACGAGCCCGCCAUCCGCAAGCUAAUCGAUAUUUCCAUCAAGUACGACAACGGGCAUUCGUACACCUUGGAGUUCCACUUCGACAAGAACGAGUACUUCUCCAACUCGGUUCUCACAAAGCAGUACGUUCUGAAAUCCACCGUGGAUCCCGACGAUCCGUUUGCAUUCGAAGGCCCAGAGAUCUACAAGUGCACUGGGUGCACCAUUAACUGGGAGAAGAAGAUGAACCUUACUGUGAAGACCAUCCGCAAGAAGCAGAAGCACAAGGAGCGCGGCGCAGUGCGCACCAUUGUCAAGCAGGUCCCGACGGAUUCUUUCUUCAAUUUCUUCAACCCACCAGUGGUCUCGAGCGACCCGGAGGAAGUCGACGACGAUUCCCAGCAGAUCCUGGCCACCGACUUCGAAAUUGGUCACUUCUUGCGCGCCAGAAUUAUUCCAAAAGCAGUUCUUUACUACACUGGCGACAUCGUCGACGAUGAGGACGACGAUGACGAAGAGGAGUACGACGAGAACGAGGAGGAUGAGUACGACGACGACGAUGCACCGCCACCAAAGGGCCCCAAGUCAGCCGGCAACAAAAAGCAGACGCCCAACGACUGCCCGAAUCAGUAGGUUGAUAUGGCUGGAUUACCGAUAUAAUGUAUAUACAUAAUUCAAAUUUGAUUUGAAAUAUAUUUUUGGUGAAUAAAAACUUAACUACAAACGA